UGCGCGCUCGCGGAUCGGGGCAGCGCGCGCGGCGGGGCCGCUGUCCUCCCCAGCCCUGCACCCGUGCGCUCGGGGAGCCUGGGGAGGCCGAGCGCGAGCGGGGAAGCCGGGCGCCGGGCUUUGUCUCGCUCGCUGGCGCAGUAGCGGCGGCAGAGGUCGCGCCCAGAUGCGGGUGAGCCUGGCGCGGGGCGGAGGCGGCGGAGGGAACCAGGCUGCACGCAUGAGACACGCAGACUCUCUCACGCCCGAUGCUCUCUGCGGAUGAAAGAUGUAUCAUGGAAUGAACCCGAGCCACGGACACGGAGUUCGAGAGCCGCCGCAGCCUCAGGCCCCGCAGAGACUACUGGCCGCGACCCUGUGGUUCCAGCUGGCGCUGUGCUUGGGCCCUGCGCAGCUCACGGGUGGGUUCAACGACCUUCAGGUGUGUGCUGACCCAGGCACCCCCGAGAACGGCUUCAGGACACCCGCUGGAGGGGUUUUCUAUGAGAGUUCUGUCACCCGAUUUCACUGUCAAGACGGAUUCAAGCUGAAGGGCUCAACAAAGAGACUGUGCAUGAAACACCUCAAUGGCACUCUAGGCUGGGUGCCCAGUGAUAGAUCCGUCUGUGUGCAAGAAGAUUGCCGAAUCCCUCAAAUUGAAGACGCUGAGAUUCAUAACAAGACAUAUAGACAUGGGGAUAAAUUAAUCAUCACCUGUCACGAGGGAUUCAAGAUCCGUUACCCAGACCUGUACAACAUGUUUUCAUUCUGUCGUGAUGAUGGAACAUGGGACAAUCUGCCCAUCUGUCAAGGCUGCCUGAGACCACUCGCCUCUUCUAACGGCUACGUGAACAUCUCAGAGUUCCAGACCUCCUUCCCUGUGGGGACUGUGAUCUCCUACCACUGUUUCCCGGGGUUUAAGCUCGAGGGCUCAGACUACCUUGAGUGCUUACGCAACCUUAUCUGGUCGUCCAGCCCACCCCAGUGCCUUGCUCUGGAAGUUUGCCCACUACCUCCAGUGGUGAGUCACGGCGAUUUCAUCUGCCACCCGUGGCCUUGUGAGCACUACAACCAUGGAACAGUGGUGGAGUUUUACUGUGACCCCGGCUACAGCCUCACUAGUGACUACAAGUACAUCACCUGCCAGUAUGGGGAGUGGUUUCCUUCCUACCAGGUCUACUGCAUCCAGUCAGAGCAAACGUGGCCCAGCACCCAUGAGACCCUCCUGACCACAUGGAAGAUCGUGGCAUUCACGGCGACCAGUGUCCUGCUAGCACUACUGCUUGUCAUCCUGGCCAGGAUGUUCCAGACCAAAUUCAAGGCCCACUUUCCCUCAAGGGCACCUCCUGGAAGUUCCAGCAGCAACCCUGACUUCGUGGUGGUGGACGGUGUGCCUGUCAUGCUCCCAUCCUACGACGAGGCUGUGAGUGGCAGCUUGAGUGCCUUAGGCCCUGGGUACCUAGCCUCCAUGGGCCAGGGUUGCCCCAUACCUGUGCACAACCAGAGCCCUCCAGCAUACCCUGGCUCCAGGGACACGGACACGGGCCCCAGGGAGUCAGAAGUCAGUGACAGUGAGUCGGGCUCUUCUGAGCUGCUCCAGAGUCUGUAUUCACCUCCCAUGUGCCAAGGGGGCACCCAGCCUGACACCCUUGAAACAGUUGCCAGCAUGGAAGAGGAGGUGGCAUCUGCCAGCCCGGCCAUUGACAUUGCGGAUGAGAUCCCGCUAAUGGAAGAGGAUCCAUGACCAGGCAAAGUCCCGCUGAUCUGCUGCCCCUUUGGGGAUGGAGCGAGGCCACAAGGACUGAGCUAGGGGAUAGGGGAGGUUUUCUAAUUUAUCUAUGUGGGGACGCUGACUCAUCCCACAUCUCUGACUCAGUAAUGGAGGUGACAGGUAGUGGCUGUGCUUUCAACUGAAACUUGAGGAUUUGCCAAGACCCGUGGGGUCCAGAGGGAGGGAGAAAUCCUGUGCUACCCUGGACAGAGGGGUUAAUUGUGCUUCAUGCUGCAAGGGGGACAUUUCCAUGCAUCCCACCAGACCCCACACCCCUUACUCCCUGCCUCCUAUGAAAGCAUGUCACUUAUAUAUCUGCUUCAAACGGUCUCUGCUCUCCAAAUUAGGGUGGAGCAGCCUCUUCAGGAAGUCUGGGCCCCCUGCAACCUCCCAAAGGUAAGACUCUGGUGUGACUUGUGGACCACUGUCCUUGUUCUGGACAGCUCCAUGCAAAGCCAGACCAAAGUGGGACAUGGCUUUCCAGUGAGCAAGGCAAGGAAAGACUCAGGCAGACUCUACUUUCUGGAAGUUUCUUCAAGAAGUAGAGUUCAUGCAUUCAUGCUGAGCCUUGGAGACAUACCAUCGGUGUUUGUGUUCAUGGCCUAGCACGUGGAUCUGUGGCUUGGAUAAAUCUUGUGACUUUCACAUGGUUAGAAUAUGUUCAAAUACAUCUCAUGGUGGAGAAAGUAAUUGAAGGUAUUGGCAUCUGGAAGAUUCUGCAUAAUUGCUUCAGUGCCAUGGGCCCCUCUUCAGGUAACCCACUAUCAACUCAGCCAUGCUUUUAUUUUCCAAAGCAAAAAUUAUUUCUGUAGACACAUUUCUUCUCCAAAUAAAGUAUGAGGUUGGG